AUGGGCAAGCGCAGCGGCAGCGCAGCAGACCCUGCGUCCAAGAAGAAGGGCAGAGCGGCAGCAAAGGCAGCCCCGGCGCCUGUGCUACCGGCGGGUCCGGCUCCAGUUACGUCUUCAUCCAAUGCUGAGUGUCUGCAGGCUCACACGGACCAUGUGCAGUACUUCCAUGCCCAUGCGGUGUCGGGGAAGGCUGAGCUGCUGAAGCCGCCGCAGCAGUGUUUCGUUCAGCCAUUUGACCCGGCAGCGGCGUUGAUCAGCUUGAAGCGCGACAAGCGCUAUCUUUGCGCCAUCAACUUAGCCUGGUUAAACCCUGGCUACGCUCCGCUCCCCCAGAUGCCGCUCAACCGUGGCGCCAUAAGGACCAUUCGUGAUCACUGGUUUUCCCGGCCGGCAUCUUUCGCAUCGCAAAAACUUGCAGUUCCCAUACUGCGAGCCGAGAUUGACGCGGACUCCCUCCCGGCCUUUGGCUUGUGGCGGACGCUUUCCCCGAUCGAGUCUGUCAUGGCUUGGUACGAGGCUGCUUGGCAGAGUGCCGUGAAGGUUGAGGAGAACGGCGGGAAUGACCCGGAGAAUGUUUUGGAUGAAUGGUUGGAGCACCUCGUGACUGCUCCUGCUGCCCUGGUCGUUGUCGAAUCGGAGCAGGAUCUGAGCUGGCAAGCUCAGCAGUGGAAGGAGGAUGCGACGACCUUGACGGUGCUAGGUUGCACGGCGAUCCAGCGAGUGUUUGAUAUUCAUCACCGGCGCUUGCUAUUGGGCGACCAAUGGUCCGCUGAGCGCAUUGUGGAGGACUACAACAAGAACCUCGUUCUCUCCCCGAAGUCUGAGCCUAUCAAAGUCGGAAUGGUGAGCCAUUGCACGACCAUCUACGACAGGCUUCUUGGCCACCCACGAGUCGUGGACCUCAUGUUGCAGGAGGAUGGCGAGAACCUUGGCGAAAGCAAAGGGAUCUUUGGACUCACCUCGCAACUCCAUGCGUUGGCUUCAAAGGUCGGCGGCCUGACAACAGAUGAGGUGGUUUGGGUCGUUUCCAUCUUGAUAGAUCAAAGGAAGGCAGGCUUCCUGGACCCUGCCUCAGCCACGUCCCGCUUUCUCACGGGGACAGCGUCUGAGAGAAACAAGGGCUACGUCGACGUUGUGAUCUACAAGAUGAAACUGCGACUUCACCUGCUAGGACCCUGGCUUGACUCGAAUGUGGAGGCGGCUCAGCACAGGGACAUCUUGAAGCAAACGUUUCACGAGCCCGGCGAGUUCCGCAAAAAAUUCGGCUAUCCCAGGGAAUCCGAGGUCGAUUUGAGUUGGAAAGCUGGUUGGCCCGCCUCCGCGGACUUGCUCAUUCCGUUGUUGCAGGACAUCAUCUACACAUCCAAGUACGAUGGUGACUUGAAGGUGGCCGUCCGCAACCAGACGGAGGUCGUCGACGUGGUCAACGGCAGCGGCACUAUUGGGGAGGAACUCAAGAAAGUGAGCGAGCAGUUCACGAAAGAAAAAAAGGCCAAGGACCUCGCGCAAGCUGCGGCGCAGACCGACUCCGGAUCAGCACCCGCCGCAGCCGCGGAGGCGGCUUCGGACACGAGUCGAAGCCCAGCUGUGCAGAGCUUCAUGGUUGGACGAGUGUGUAGCGACGAGGCCAAGCUCGCGGAAGCUGAGCAAAAAGCAAAGUUCUUGAUCAAUUCCAACGUGCAGUUCAUGGUCUAUCCUGGCAGCUACGUAGACUUGGAAAAGAAGAUGAAGGCUUCCUCAGCGAGCAAGCCGUGCGAAAGGCCAAAGUGGACAUUGAUCUUCGUGGACCCAGCCCAGUUGGGUGAAGCGGCCACGGCGCCGCACCUGCGGACUGUCCCGUUGAACAGCAAGUUCAUUUCCAACUUCCUGAAGGCUGUGGUUCACACCAGAGACAACACCGGUAGCAUGCUUGGCGGGCGCGACCUUUACGUGCUUUGCUCCAACGGAUCGACAACCAACGUGACCAAGCUCCCCAACCUCUUGCAGGAGAAGGGCAGAGAUCCGACCUCUGCAAUUGCCUCAGCAUAUGUCUUGGAUGAUGCCGGCGACUCCCUUGCACAGAAUGUCUGCCGACUUUGCGUCUCGUACGAAGAGGAGGCUAUCAGAAGCAGGAGAAGGUCUACAAAUGCCGGGGUUGACCAGAUCGAAACACUGGUGCUUGUCACGGCCGAGCCUUUCAGCCAAUCGAUGGAUCAACGGCCAAGACUCAGCAAUCCGAAAGCCACCAACGUGGGGAACAUGGUGGCACUCCACAUGGACAAUCCCUCAAACUUGUGGAUGUUGCCGCAUCAGGAGAAAGUCAGCAUGCUGGGGCCGUUUCGGGUCGCUGUUGGGGGCAAGACCACGGGCUUCGAUGCAACAACGACCCCGAGGCAGAGCAAAACCGCAAUGGAGGCCGUCUUCCACCACGAGCGGUCCAAGCCGUUCUUCGAGGAGCUGAUUCACAGCUACAACGUGGGUGCAAUCCUUGAUUGCUCCGCCUCCUCGGGCACGCUCGCGUUUGUUGCAACUUGCCGGCGCAUUCCUUAUUUCGGUGUAUGCUUGACCGCUGAUCACGAGAGCCUUCUGAAGAACAGACUGUGCGCCAUGUUGAUGGAGGAGUUCUUGAAGGCGAAUGGGGACCUUUACGACGGGAAGCUUGCCGCUUGCGUCGGCCCUUCCACCGGUGGCAAUGGGAAUCAGCAGGCGGGAACGAGCAACACCGGUGGCAAUGGGAAUCAGCAGCCGGGAACGAGUGGUAUGGACGAGAUGCAGGCCGGGAGGAUAUGA